CCCGGCCGCGCCCGCCUCGCUCCGCUCCGCGCCCCGCUCCGCUCCCCUCCGCCGCCACCACCGCCACCGUUACCACCAUGUCGGGCAACGGCGGCAGCAGCAGCGGCGCUACGGCGGUGAAGAAGAGGAGCCCGGCGGGCUCGGCCUCCUCGCUGGCGCAGGAGGAGGAGAAGCAAGCGAUGGAGAAGAUGCUGGAGGCGGCGGCGGCGGGCGGCGGGGCGCAGGAGAACGGCUGUGCCCGCUCGCCUUCCCCUUGCGCCUCCGCCGAGGGCGAGGGGGUGACCCUGCAGCGCAACAUCACGCUGCUCAACGGCGUGGCCAUCAUCGUGGGCACCAUCAUCGGUUCCGGCAUCUUCGUCACCCCCACCGGCGUGCUGAGGGAGGCCGGCUCGCCGGGGUUGUCGUUGGUGGUGUGGGCCGUCUGCGGGGCCUUCUCCAUCGUGGGUGCCCUCUGCUACGCUGAGCUGGGCACCACCAUCACCAAGUCCGGCGGGGACUACGCCUACAUGCUGGAGGUCUACGGUUCCCUGCCCGCCUUCCUCAAGCUCUGGAUAGAGCUGCUCAUCAUCCGGCCUUCCUCGCAGUACAUCGUGGCUCUGGUCUUCGCCACCUACCUGCUCAAGCCCAUCUUCCCCACCUGCCCGGUGCCUGAUGAUGCUGCCAAGCUGGUGGCCUGUCUCUGUGUCCUGCUCCUCACUGCCGUGAACUGCUACAGCGUGAAAGCAGCCACUCGUGUCCAGGAUGCCUUCGCGGCGGCAAAACUGCUGGCGCUGGCUCUGAUCAUCAUUCUUGGCUUCGUGCAGCUUGCGAAGGGUGAUGUGACAAACCUGACUCCUGAGCACUCCUUUGAAGGCACAAAAGUAGGCGUGGGGAACAUCGUGUUAGCUUUGUACAGUGGUCUCUUUGCCUAUGGAGGAUGGAAUUACUUGAAUUUUGUUACAGAAGAGAUGAUAAAUCCCUACAGAAACCUGCCUCUGGCUAUCAUCAUCUCGCUACCUGUAGUCACUUUGGUUUAUGUGCUGACAAACUUGGCUUACUUCACGACCCUGUCGACGGAGCAGAUGCUGACGUCCGAAGCCGUGGCUGUGGAUUUUGGGAACUACCACCUUGGUGUCAUGUCCUGGAUCAUACCUGUCUUUGUUGGCUUGUCGUGCUUUGGAUCUGUUAAUGGAUCUCUCUUCACUUCUUCCCGGCUGUUCUUCGUGGGAUCCCGAGAAGGACACUUGCCUUCAAUCCUGUCUAUGAUUCACCCCAGGCUUCUCACUCCUGUGCCAUCCCUCAUCUUCACGUGCGUCAUGACCCUGCUGUAUGCCUUCUCCAACAACAUCUUCUCAGUCAUCAACUUCUUCAGCUUUUUCAACUGGCUGUGCGUGGCUCUGGCCAUCAUCGGCAUGAUGUGGCUGCGUUACAAGAAGCCAGAGCUGGAAAGGCCCAUCAAGGUGAACAUCUGCCUGCCCAUUUUCUUCAUCCUGGCCUGCUUGUUCCUCAUCGCCGUUUCCUUCUGGAUGACGCCGAAGGAAUGUGCGAUUGGCUUUGCGAUCAUCUUCAGCGGGAUCCCUGUUUACUUCUUCGGAGUCUGGUGGCAAAACAAGCCCAAGUGGGUUCUCCAAGGCAUCUUCUCCGCAACAGUCCUGUGCCAGAAACUGAUGGAAGUGGUUCCGCAAGAAUCCUAAGCGGGAAAAGCAGAGACAUUCAGCUCGAGGAAACGCACAAUAUUAUUUUAAGACGACACCACAAGGAGAAAACGCUUCUGAUCCCUCGUAAACGAAACCCAGGCACUGGAGCACCCCCCGUCGGAGCUGCUUCGUGUCUGACACCAUGCCCCCCAGCUCUGCCUUGCCUCCUCCAGCUCCUCCAUCACCACCCUUCAGCCCGGCAGAUGAGCAACCCUGCGAUGAGAAGUUCUUGGUACGAGCGUGGGCCAGGAGGAGGAAUUCCUGCCGGCAGCUCCACAGGGGUCCUGCCUGCCAGGCAGCAGCGAGUCCUCUCAGCCUCUGUGUGUGUGUGUGAUACUGAGGGCUGCACUUCAGCUCUGUGUAGGAUUACUUGGUUGGGGUCUGGGAUCCCCCAAAUGAUGGGGGAUCUGCUCGUGAGCUCGGUUUGAAUGUUGCCAGCCCUACGGACGUGGCUGUGUCCAGGACUGGGCCUGUCGCAGAGCCGCAGGGCGGUCCUCAGACUGGUCCACCUGCCUUACCUGGUCAAGGGAGGGUGGUUGGGAAGCAAAGGUUGGCUGAUGUUGGCUCACACGCUCACACACACACAAAGUCAUACCAAAAUACGUGCUGCUGGAUGUGUUGGACUCUGUCCACGGGCAGUGACUUAAGUGAGACAAGGCAGAGCAGAAUUAGUGUCAGAGAAACGAUGUGAGGAGGCCUCAUCUGACUUUCAUUGCGUUCCUAACAAGAGCACUCUGGGUUCCCUGCCACUGCCUGGCUUUUAACUCUCAGAUCCAAGCCAUCUCCCUACUAUUGAGCCAAUCCUCCCGUGGCCCUGUGAAUUAGCACUGGGGCAGGUGCAGGCCUGAGGGUGGAGUUCCUCCUGAUAAACCCAGGGAAUUGCAAUUAGCAGAACAUCCUUGGCUUGCUCAUUCCAUGUGUUUCUGUAGAUAGGCUAUCCAGCAUGGCAUGAGCAACAUCAUGCUCUUCAAAUGGCCCUCUCCAUUGCCCUCAGUGUGAUUCAUGUUUGCCCCUAAACCAUUUGCAAAGAGAAAAUAUAGGUGGGAUUCCCUUGGCCCGUUCCCUGGAGUUGGUCUGUGCAUCGCCUGUCACCGUGCCCUUUGUUAUGCUGUGUCUCCUCUAGAACACGCAGUGGAGAUGGGACCAGCUGGGUCUGGGGGUGCAGAAAGGGGCAGAUGUCCCCAGAUGCCUGGAGGUAGAUGGUCUGUUUUGCUCUAGGAAGCAGAGACUGGGGGCCUGUUCCUCCUUCAUGCAAAACUGCAGCAUCAGGCUUGGCUUGGUCACCCAGCCAACAUCCCUCACCACCUCCCUCCCGUUCAGGGAGUGGUCUUUGAGCAUGAACCACCAUCCGCAUGUGAAAGCUGCUGUCGUGGGUGGUGCAGCCCCAUCCCCUGAGCCCACCCAAAAUUCCUCUAGUUCCCGAGUAAUCAAAGCUGUCCACUAAGGAACACAUUGCUUUAUUUGGUCAAAAGUAUCACCUUUUCAGCACAACUGCAGUUCUUGGAACAAUUUGCUCGUGAUGCCUCUGUGCUCGAGGUGAUAGUCAGCUGGAAAUCAAAAGCAUCUUUUUCCCACAAGUGAGCUGUUACAGAUCUUCUUUGUGCUUGUGCUUUGUGCAAAUGGGUUGUUGAACUACUUUUUCUCCUCAAUAUUUUUGUGAACUAAGCUGUUUGGAAGCCAGGAUCCUCCAAGAGCUAAUGCUUUCUACUGGAUUCUCCUCUUAGCAUAGAGUUACUUUGGAUGAAGAGGCAUUAAGGACACCAAUGGUACUAGCUCAUGCUUUUGUCUUUCUAAGAAGUUCUUUAGCAAAAAAAAAAAAAAAGAAAAAAAAAAAAGGUGUGUCUGUUAUAGCAGGUGGCAGCUUCUGUUCAAGUGUGUGUGACAGUGACCGUGGCUACGUCAACGAGUGUCUCCGUGCAGCUCUUUGCUCUUGCUUUGCCAACCACACGUCUUUGCUUUGAGGCAGUGCAGGAGGAAUAGGUGAGACAAUCAUCACGCUGAAAACCUUUGCUGUCGGGUUGCUUCUUCCACGGCAGCGCAGUGUAGAGACACCCAGACCAGCCCAGGUGCCGCUUCACACGUGUCGGUGUGGAGCUCUCCUGGAGCAAAGUUACCCUGUGGAGAAUUGCAGCUGGUUUGGGUGUAUCUACAGUGCAGAAGAACCCAAAGUUGUGGCCAGUGCCUGGCUGUUCAGGGACCUGUGCAAUGAAUGAAUUGGAGCAUCUCAGAUCCAGUGCCUGUGGAGACACAUUUGCAUAAAUAAGGUCAUGAACCGUAAAAUCUGAACUCUUAAUUUUUUGGAAUCCCUCUUCCAGCUGAAGGCUGAGAUGUUUUGGCAGGGCAGUGAUGGGAAAUCGCUGCUUGUGCUGGACCUGUAUCAUCAAGGCAGAACCUCAGUCUGUCACCUUCCACUUGGCCUGCAGCUUUUUGGCUGCAAUGGUCUCAGGGCUGGUUUCCUGCAGGGUCUGGGUUCAGCGCAGUGCUAACAUGUACCAGCAGAAUUAAUUGUGAUGCAAAGGAAAGGGAUUUUAAUUCUCAGCCACCUCUAUCUAAUGGAAAUUAGCACUCAAGUCCAAGCCACAGAGAGCUCAGAAAUAGGUCCAAAUCUCCCAAAAGCGUGGGGUUUGCUUGGUUUGGACACUUCUUUAAAUGACUUUCAUCAGUGAUGAAGACGAUCACUACGCAAUAUCCUCUUGGUGAACCUUUCACGCUGGUUUUAAAGAGGAGAUGUCACACUGAGAAAUAUUUUUUUUUUUUAAUUAAUUAACUGAUCUUAAUUAAAUCCUUAACUCGCUUGCUCUUGAUGAAUUUUCAUGAUUUUAUCACUUGCUGCUAAAGAUCUUUCUUUUGUACUAACCUGCUGGCUCUGGCAUUGGUACCAUAUGGUUGCUGGUGAUCUCACCAGCAUCUCCAUGGCAAUGGGGGUAUAGGAAGAAACUGAACCAGGUACCAGCACAGAAUGACAAAAAUGUUAAAUUUGGUCAGCCACAGCUCACAUCUCAAAGAUUACCUUUCAAAAAUCUGAUUUCUUUUAUCCCUGAUCCGUUGAGCCUGAUGGUUCCCCUCCACCGGAGCUUGGUGACAUGGCUAUAAGAGGUUGGGUUUGGUUUUUUUUCCCUGGAUGUAAGGGAGUAAAACUGAAUUUCAUUUUAUAAAGAAAACACAACUAAAGUAAUUUUCACUCUUAGGAGUGAAUCUGCUGCUAGCAGCAUCAGCAGUAAAGCUUGUAACUCAGAUCAGUGACCAGGAGUGUCUGUUGCCCUCAGGGGCUUGCCAUGUUCAGCUGGAUUUUGCUAUGGAAAAAAGAGAGAAUACAUCCCUGUGAAAGACCUCCUUGCUGCUUGUUUUCCUCAAAUGUGGGAUGAGAUGUGUCACAGAGAACAAGGGGAGCAACAGAGACUGCACAGAAAAUUUCUCAUCGUUCCCAGCACUGGAUGUGGGAUUUUUCUGUUGUUUCUCUGUUUGUUUGUGCUCUUUUGAGCCCGUGAUCAGUCAUGCCUGUUGGGAACCACCAAGGGAGACAAACCCUUCCCGCAAAGGACACGUACAGCCGCAGUGACUGUGCGUUUGCUUUCCUAAACAGUAGCUACAAUUAAACGAGGUACCAUGUGAAUCUAUUUCAUAUGACAGUAUUCAGCAAAUACAGCCAGAGCAGUUGUGUUGGUGGAAUCAUAGAGUCAUUUAGGUCAGAAAAGCCCUUUAAGAUCAUCAAGUCCAACCGUGGAGCCGUGGCUGUGCAGCUCUGCAAGUGAUGGCUGUGCCCUAGUAGUCCCUCAGUCCUUGUACUAACCCCCCCACUUCAGUUAUUGCUCUUCUUAGUUUGUUUUUAAGUAUUUAGGCUCCCAGGCAGCCUGUUGUUAGGGGUGUUCAUGGAAUAGCAUCCCGCAGGGAUUGCUAAACAGUAGGGCAGGGGCCUGCAGGAGCUGGCGGCGGGCGCUUCCUUGCCCCUUGGGUUCCUCUUUCUAAAUGAGAAACUUUCUUCCCAACUGAGAGGGGAACCAGCCCUGAAAAACCUUCCUGGACAAAAAUAGGGGGUAUUUAAGUAAUCUUAGGUGGGUUAUUAUUAUUAUUUCUUUUUUUCUCUUUUUUUUUUUUUAAUGUUAUUAACUUCCUGCAGUAUUUGCAGUGUUUUCCAUCUCAGAUACGGUGUUCUGGUAAACAGGCUUUUGUUUUUAAUGGCACCCCGUGUGAAUGCCAAGUUCAAAGGGACUCUGUCGCUGUCGAACAAACUUUAAAAGACCCUUCGACUGGAUUAAAUCUCAGGAGAAGCGGCUUUGUUCUCCGAGCCCUCUCCCUGUGGGCGGCUCAGGCAGGGGAAUAAAUGGGGGCUUCUCCUUGGGCUCCUCCUCUGUGGGUCUGCCCCCGGUGUGGAGCCCUUGAGGGGCAGUGGGGUCACAGCAGAGCCCUUCCCCAACCACAGAGAGAUGGUUGAAGUGGCAGAGUCCCAGUCCGGCUGUGGGCAAUCACAGGGAAGGCUUCCUCUUAGUCUGGGAAGGUGCCCGUGCCUUCAGCCGAGGCUACAGUGUUCUCCGGCUUCAAUAAAAAAAAUAAAUAAAAUAAUUUUAAAAUAAAUUAAAAAAAAAGAAGGAAACAGCCAAAUGUUGUUGUUACACAACGCUCUGGCUGUUUGGGGCUAUUCUUGCGGGACGCCAGCUUUUCCAUCAAGCCGUUGCACAACUCCCAUUUCUGAUGACAUCAAAGGGGAAGGCGAUGUUGGCCAUUGAGAAAGGGCUGGAACGUGGAACAAAGCUUCCUACUGGAGCUUGGGAAAGGGCAGCCCAGGGGCCAGACGGCUCCGCUUCCCCCUGGGGCUCAUGCUGAGGUCUGCCCGGCCGGCGUCACCGCCUCGCCAGAGCCCCACGGAGUGAAUCGCAGCCUUGUGCUGGCCCUGGGAGCUCCAAGAGCAUCUCCAGCCAUGGGAUGGGCUGGGAUGGCUGGAGCCGGUGGCACUUGGCUGCCAACCAGGGAUCACAGCAGCCAGCUCCCCAUGGCGAUGGGAAUCUGCUCCCAUGCCUCCCCCGGGGACCCUGCCCAUGCCAGGACAUCCUGUGGGACCUCAGCCUUGAGGGAUGCUCCAGGGGCUCUCCAUUUCUGGUGGCUUCUUGAGGAGCUACAGCCGGCCACCAGCCUUAUGCUGGUUUUGCCUGUACUUGAGAAGUUUCUUCCCAGUUUACACGGUCUGAACUGGAACUAGCAGCUGGGGUUGGGGUGUGUGUGUGUGUGUGUGUGGGAUGCUGCUGGGAAUCAAAGCCAAGUGCCGCUCAGCUGCACGUAGGAAACGUGGCUUGGGUUAGGUCGCCCCAUAAGGAACCGAUGUCCAGAGGUUUAUUUCUUUGCUUUUAGCCCCCUUCCUUGCGUGAGAAGGGGUGUUGCUUCCUCCAGCUGUUGAAGUGUUGAUGAGGAAAAAGAAUAAUAUUUUUUUAAAUACUGAAUUAAUUUUUAAAUGGCCUAAAAGAGACUUUAUAUCUACGCCUAAAUUAUUCCCGUUGGGUGAGGUUCAUCCCGGCGCAGGGGCUCUGCGAGCGCUCGGAUGCUGUCCCAGGCCCCGGCCGGUGGGAUGUGGGGCUGCAGGGCUGGGCUGCGUCUCCUGCGCUGGGAUGAAUUCCACACCUAGGGAAAAAAAAAUCCUGAUUUGUUCCGAGGACGGGGUGAGGUCCGUGUCCCACCUAAAUCCUUGCAAAGGAAGAGUUUUAAGUGGUACCCAGACCUUGCGCUGGCCCGCAGAACAAAAGGAGGGUGAAAUUCACUUCUGGUGAAUAAUCUGACUUUUCAGAGAUACCUUUCUUCUAAAGUUUGUAUUUUUGUUGGUUCUUUUUUUUAAAAAACACAGAAAAAAGAUCUUAAGAUACAGAAGAAAAUCUAGAUCUGAUUUACAAUUUUGUUAUAUUUGGUUGCUUUAAAAAUAUUUUACUAAUUUAAAUGUUGCUGUAGAUGACAUUCUAUUUAUUUUAAGGGGUAAAUAUCUUUUAGUCUUAAUACUUCUACAGUAAGCGCUGUCUAUUUACAAUGUUUGUGUUCCUGUCAACACAGCUAUUCCACGACUGACCAAGUGCUGGUCAGCCAGUAGUAACUUAAUCAAAUUGCCUUGUAAAAGAAGAUGUCUCCUGCAAUGUAUUUUUUUUUUCUAGUAUUUCUUGAUUCUUUUAUGUCUGUGGUUAACAAAUCUGUUAAAUGUUUGGGUUGUUCUAUGUUUUGGGUUGUUGUUUUGUUUCGUUUUUUUAACAAAGAAAGCUGAAUUACAACUCUCUUGUU